UCGCGUUUAAAGAAUUUCAACAAUUUUAUUAAAAGCAUAAACAUGUCCAUACCGCAAAAACACUUUAAGAAAGGUACGCCCAAGCCGGAAAUUCCAGAGGAUGGCGUCUUGCGCUACUACACCAUGCGCUUCUGCCCCUACUCCGAACGCGCCCAGUUGAUGCUGGCCGCCAAGAAGAUUCCCCAUCACACGGUGUACAUUGAUUUGACCGAGAAGCCUGAGUGGUACAUUGACUACAGUCCCCUGGGAAAGGUGCCUGCCAUCCAGUUGCCCCAUCUGCCGGGCCAGCCGACUCUGGUGGAGUCCCUGGUGAUUGCCGAAUAUUUGGACGAGGAGUAUCCAGGAGAGCGUUCACUGUUUCCCAAGGAUCCACUGCAAAAGGCCCUGGACAGGAUACUCAUUGAGCGACUAUCCCCCGCCGUCAGUGCCAUCUAUCCGGUUUUCUUCACCACAAACCCGCCCGAAGAUGCACUGAAGAACUUUGAGGCCGCCUUGGAUGUGUUCGAAGAGGAGAUCACCAAGCGCGCAACGCCCUACUUUGGAGGCGAACAAAUUGGCAUUGUGGAUUAUAUGAUCUGGCCCUGGUUCGAGCGGUUCCCCGCCCUCAAGUACACGCUGGCCGAGCCAUACGAGCUGGACUCAAAACGCUAUCCGAAUCUGCUGAAUUGGCGCCUCCUAGUGUCUCAGGACGAGGCUGUUAAGGCCACUGCACUGGAUGCCAAAGUGCAUGCCAAGUUUAUGCGCACCCGCCACGAGGGCAAGACCAACUAUGACUUGGCAUUCGAGCCCUUGUAAAGAAUGAGAAAUGAUUAAUAUUCUGUCAAAGAGUAGAUUUAAAAGGGAGAUUAAUAUGGGAGUGUCUUAAAGUUGGAUUCUGAAUCAUUUAUAUAAAAUAUACUCGUAAAUAUGGCCUCCAAA